AUGUCAAUUCCAAUUACUCAAAAAGCUGUUAUUUAUGAAUCUCAACACGGAGAAUUGAAAUAUACCAAUAUUCCAGUUCCUGUCCCAAAAGCAAACGAAUUACUUAUUAAUGUCAAGUAUUCGGGUGUCUGUCAUUCUGAUAUUCACGUUUGGAAAGGUGAUUGGGCACCACCUGCAAAAUUACCCGUUGUAGGCGGUCAUGAAGGUGCUGGUGUUGUUGCUGCAAUGGGAGAAAAUGUCAAAGGUUGGAAAAUCGGUGACUAUGCGGGAAUCAAAUUAAUAAAUGGCUCUUGUAUGAAUUGUGAAUAUUGUCAACAAGGUGCUGAACCUAAUUGUCACCAAGCUGAUAUGUCAGGUUAUACUCAUGAUGGUUCUUUCCAACAAUAUGCCACUGCCGAUGCUCUCCAAGCUGCUAAAUUUCCAGAAGGUUCUGAUUUGGCAAGCAUUGCUCCGAUCUCAUGUGCUGGUGUCACCGUUUACCGUGCAUUGAAAACUGCUGGUAUACAACCAGGCCAAUGGAUCGCCAUUUCUGGUGCUGCUGGUGGCUUGGGAUCAUUAGGUAUUCAAUACGCUAAAGCCAUGGGUUAUAGAGUAUUGGCCAUUGAUGCUGGAGAUGAGAGAGGUGAAUUUGUCAAAUCUUUGGGUGCUGAGACAUACAUUGAUUUUACUAAAGUUGCUGAUAUUACUGAAGCUAUCAAAGAAGCAACCAAUGGUGGACCACAUGGUGUUCUUAAUGUUUCAACUUCUGAAAAAGCAAUCAAUCAAUCUCUUGAUUAUGUUAGAACUUUGGGUACUGUUGUUUUGGUUGGUUUGCCAGCAGGGGCUAAGCUUAAUACUCCUAUUUUUGAUGCAGUUGCCAAGUCUGUUCAAAUUAAAGCUUCUUAUGUAGGAAACAGAAAAGAUACUGCUGAAGCUGUUGAUUUCUUUGCUAGAGGUUUGGUCAAAUGUCCAAUUAAGAUUGUAGGAUUGAGUGAAUUACCAGAAGUUUUUAAAUUAUUAGAAGAAGGCAAAAUCUUGGGUAGAUAUGUUGUUGAUACUUCAAAAUAG